UGUAUGGUUUCUAUGAGAUUUGACAAACGUGAUAGCUACUACCUGUGUACACAAUGCGUGCAUAUAAAUACCUGCCAGUCUUCAUUGUUCAAAGAUACAGCUCAUUCAAGAUUGCACUGCCUAUCACUUUCAUGGUUUUUUCCCCUUUCGCAUAUAACUCCAAUCAAUCAUGAAGGCUCUUCCUCACUUUCCACUUUUUUUUGCAGCGCUAUGUCUUGCGACGGCCAUUCCCUCCCAGCCCGCUGUCUGUGGCCCCGACGAGGCGGUCAUAUUCCUGAGCAAUGGCACCACAACAACUGUCAAGAAGGCUGAGUUGGCCUCGCACCUGCAAGGCCUCACCUUCCUUUCUCCGGAGGCAACCGAUAGCGCCUUCCCACGGCUGAUCGAAAUAAAUGCCUCCCCACAUAACAUCACGAAGCGCGGAUCCGGCACGGAGCUCAUCAUUCCGCUCCCUGAUCUCGACUUCCUCGGAUGGGAUGUGGCCAUGUCGACCAUCGUGCACGCCAACCAGGCCACCGCCACGGUGGCCAUCCAGGCUGGCCAGUCGAUCGCCAAUAGCAUCACCACAGGCGCGUCCGCCGACUUCACUCUCGUCAAGGACUUCCUGUCUGCGUCCACCAGCAUCAGCUACCAGGACACGACAACUAGUACGGUGACUGGCACCGUCACCAUGACCAUCCCUGCCAACAAGUGGGGAGCGAUCGUGAGCAACCCAUUGACCCAUCGGAAGAGAGGCUAUGUCUUCACUGGCCAGCCGGGGAGCGGGCAAUACGAGUAUUAUCAGGCGGAUUCCUUCAACGACGCGAGCUUCAGCCUUGAGGGAGGGACGCUGUCCUGGGUUAAGGGAGUGGUGACGACUUGCUUGGGCGAGACAUAUCCGUUGGCGCGAUGCGUGGGUGAUGGUAGUCUGGAGUGAUUGUAUACUGCUCUCGAGCCCCAGAGUUUGGGUAGGUUGGAGUCUGUGAGCAACCGCUGGUUGAUGGCUUUCAGUCUCGAGGGCUGGUCAGAGCUCUGGCAUGGAGCUCAUGGAAAAUGGGACUUUAUCGACUGCAUAAGGGACUCUGAUGUAAUUUGCCGAGCCAACACGAUAGCUUUUGAAUACAACUGCUCUUCUCUG